CGUCCCCGCCGGUGCGCGUCGUGAUGAACGCGGCGGAGGCGGCCGCCCGCAGGACCCCGUCGGCGGCCCGCCGGAGCGGGUGCUGGAUCGCGUGGUGCCAGGCGGCUCUGCUCGGCGCGUCGGCGCUGGUGAUCGCGGCCGAACGGAGCGCUCGUAAGUGGGUGGAGGGACCCCCGGCGCUCGCGCGAGCGGCCGGCGCGCGGGGCGACGGCGACUCGCGCGCUGCCGCCGUCGGGCUGCCGGACGCACGCGCCCGCGUCGGGCCAUUUCCGGCCGCGGUGAAUUGGAAGCGCUGCCCGGCGGCGAGGCUUCGCUGCUGUAGCUGUAGCUCGCGUCGGACAGACGAUGCGUGCGGCGAUGCUAAAGCGCGGCUGUUAGUGAAUUUGCUCGUCUUUCAACGCUGCAUUGAGCAGAAAAGGCAGCGCAUUGUUAAUGCGGCUCCGUGGGCCAAACGGGGCCCCUGGUCACGCAGGGGUCACCCGGCAGAACCACACCUGAAAACCUCAUCAUCCAGUCAAAGCCAGUUCACCGCUUCUAGACUUACCUCAUCAAACAACACAUUGUUAUUCUGAUGAUCUUUUAUUACUACGUUGUAACACUGUGCAGCGCUGGAUGAUGAUCUCCUGACUAAGCAGAUCAAUGAUGCAAGGGCAGGUCAGCACACACAAGGUGACUGGAUGUGUUCAAACUAUGACUUUGUGUUCAGCUGAUACAGUGUCCCGGCAGAUAUAAAUACCCCCUGCUGCUCGCAGGACUCCAGCUCCUCUUUAAAAUCGGAUCCACUGAUCUGUUUAUCACUGACGGGGUUUCCGGGGCAACUGUCGCUAUCUGACAAUCAUGUGACUCCUCUCACACAAAGUCAUUGUUGCCUGUGCGUGUCUCCUGUAUCUCUUGUUUGUGUCAAGUGAUCUACUGUAUAGGGUUUUACCUUUGGAAUGAAGAGACGCAGUGGGCGGGCCUCACGCUUGGCCUCUUUUUACCGGGAACGGCAGUGCAGCUGAUAAGUGCGAAGUGGUACUAUGACGACGGUGACGACCGGCGAUGCUACCUCACGGUCAUACACACUCUGCACCUGGGCAUCUUCAAAAGGUUAGAGGCCGUCGCUACUCAACGCUCUGCCUCCCUCUGCUGGCAGGUUGUGGGACUGCAUGAGGACCGUGCUGCGCAUGCAGGGCUCCGUGGCGGAGCUGGGCGCCGCCGUCAUGCAGCAGGCCGACGUCGCUGCGCUGUGGCUGCUGGAGGCCCUCAUCCUCACGCUGCCUCAGAGCCUGCUGCAGGCCUACGUCGUGGUGUCCACCGACGUGGGCGUGGCGUCGCCAGUGGCCUAUUGCUGCGGCCUGUGCGUGCUCUCCGUCUCCUGGGCCCUGGUUCUGUACGGCAGAGCGUGCUGCCUGAUUCGACCCGGCCACCUGGCCAUGCCGCCGGCCGCGCUGCUGUGCCAGCUGGUGUGGAGGGCGGGCAUGCUGGGCGCCAGAGUGACCUGCCUCAUGUUUUUCGCCAGGGUCUUUAACUGGUGGGUCUGUGGAGUAGCAGGUUUCCACUGGCUCACGGCCUCCUUCUGGCUGGUAUCACAGCAACCCGACAUCUGUACCGGCCCCUGGUGCUGGCGUGCAUUCAACGGCAUCAUGGGCUUCGUCCACGUCUUCCUGUUUCUAAACGUCAAAGACGGCCCGUCGCGUUUCCGCAUGGCCAGCUUUUACACGUUCAUGCUCAUAGAGAAUGCCACCCUGCUGUUGGCUGCCUCCGACUUCCUUAGUGAAGCAUCAUGGGACAGCAUGACCCUUCCCAUCACUGUGCUGUGUAGCUUUCUCCUCGGUGCCUCCUCUCUACUGCUGUACUACCGGUUCCUCCAUCCCAAAUCCACGGAGAUCUCCCAGGGUACCAACCACAACCACAUGGGCAGCACUUGCAUAGAACAGGGGGAAUCCUCCUUCUCUCUCGGGGACAAAAGCCUGCCCGUUACCUCCAUCCAAAACCACGGCAGCUUCUCCCUCUCGGGAGUGGCCGGCUCUCUGCUGGAGCAUCCAGGCGUCUGCGGCGGCCACCCCAACAGCGCAUGCCCCUGCUACCAUCACCACUGGCUGCUGAUUCGACUGGCCCUCAAAACGGGAGACCUGGGGAAGAUCAACAGAGCCUACGGAGCCGGCGGGGCGGCAGCUAUACUGGACGUGGACGAGUUUAACCACGAUUUCAAGAGUAACGAGGGCGUCACGAUCACAGGAGGAGGCAGCUGCGAGGGCGUUUCCACGUCCGAGUCCCAGGGGAAAGGCCUGGCGCCGCUCUCCGACUGCAAAGACGAGUUCCAGAGCGUGAGUGAGCCCACGUCGACCGAACAGCCCGGGGACGAGGACGACAGCCUGGAGAUGGAGAGCCCACUGGAGUCGCCCGUAUCGGACUUUAAACGGAGCUCACCAGAGGGCAAGUCUGUGUUUGGAGACAGUCCAGAGCCGUACUUCUGCCCAACGGAGUCCAGUUCAACCCUGUACUUCAGUGCUGACCCUCAGUCUCCCAGCAGUGCCAGUAACCCCCGUUUGGACCGGGACAUUGGGGGUCCGGACCAGGGCGCGCGUCUUAACUCCAUCCCCAGCGAUCCUGCACUUCACAGAGAUGUCCGUGGGCUCAUGGGCCGGGUCGGGCCACGCUGCACAUCCACACCUAAGUUGGACUCUGGACUGUUGGACUCCCCUUCCAGUGUUCCUCACCUUACAGGUCCAAGGAGGCAGCUCAUAAUGUCCCGCAGGGAUAAGGACAACUUCUAGCUUUGCUGUGACAGAAUCAGGGAACGAGCAACAGCCGCGUACCAUUAAAGGGGCAUCUCCUCAGUGCUGUAGGACAAGAAGACCGGUUGAAGGUUUCACCUCUUAUGACUACAAAUGUACUACACUGUGGGGCAGAGCACAGUAUAUGCAACAAUACUGAGAUAAUGCUAGACUCGUUUUUUAAAAGCAAUGCACUUCAAAACUCAGAGAGGUGAAACCUUUAGCUAUGUUUUCAUCACACUUCAAAAAGGUAUUUAAAGAGCUAAUUAGCCACAACGAUGGUGUAGAGCUCAGACGCUUCCAGGUGACCGAGAACGAACACUAGUUCUGACAGAUUGUAAUUACACAGUAAGGAAGCAGCCAUGACUUAUAUCAGUAAUCAUAACUAGAUCCACACAGCUGCUUUAUGAUCUCAGGCAGCUGCUACUACCUACAUUACAUCCUGACACUGCUGUUAUUAGCGCUAAUAACUGCCAGCUGUUGUGAGAAUGGAGAAAUGAUUCCUACUGUAGAUGAGGACGGGGCAGAUGCAUCUUAUGUUUGAAUCUUUAACACAUUAUCCUCACGUCACAGCACUAGCCAGGGAUCUGUCGGCUUCUUAAAAGCACAAGUAUCUAACGUAUCAUGUAUAUUCUUGCUGUGAUGUUUUGUUAAACUACUCCCAGUCCCUGUACUUUUUGUAUGACGUCAUUAAGCCAUGCUUCGAGCAGGGCUAAUUCUGUCAAGCUGGCAAAACUGUGUCUCAGGCACUUAUUUUAAAAAGCUUCCAAAUAUCUAUUGUGCAACAACUUGUAGUGAAUUGUUGUGUCCUUUAUUGCAAUUUGUAGAUGACAAAUGCAUUUUUUGCGCAUUACUGUUCCACAAAACACAGCAGUGAAAUGACGCUGGGUUUCUGAGGUAAACUGCCUCUAUGACACUUUGAACUGUGAAGGCCCCUGGUGGCUUUAAUUAAGCAAUAAAUGGCAUUUGGGUGUCUGUUUGUAA